AUGUACCCAAGCCAGGCGUGCCCCCACGGCAUCAAGUGUUUCCAGCUGGACACCUGCACCAAGAUCCACCCGCCCGAGUGGUACAGCAACCGAUGUGAGGAAGGGGACCGCUGCCCGUACAGUGACUGCGACAAGGUGCACCCACGGCGCCACAUCCCGUGCAACCAGGGCGUCCGGUGCACGAAGCCCACCUGCCACUUCCUGCACCCACGUGCUUGGACAGCAGGCGCUGAAGCAGCAGGAGCAUGCCCUCAUGGCAUCAAGUGUUUCCAGCUGGACACCUGCACCAAGAUCCACCCGCCCGAGUGGUACAGCAACCGAUGUGAGGAAGGGGACCGCUGCCCUUACAGUGACUGCGACAAGGUGCACCCACGGCGCCACAUCCCGUGCAACCAGGGCGUCCGGUGCACAAAGCCCACCUGCCACUUCCUGCACCCACGGGAGAGGACGGUUCCAUUGCCCUUGCCUGCAGCAUCCUCAACUGCUGAGUCAGAGCCAGCUGUCCCUCUUGAGCAGGUGGUGAUUGUGAUGGGAGUUGUUGUUGCUUGUGACGGUGACCUGGCAGCACUGAAGUUGGACUUGGCGGAGAUGGGCAUUGAGCCACGGGCCAUUGUGCCCGGAAGGCGCCUUGUGCGACUGGAGCUGCCAACCGCCGACGAGGCCAAGGCUGCGGCCGCGAGGCUCAAUGGCAGCGAAUGCGCCGGGCAGGUUGUGACGUCCUUCUUGGCUUCGGCGCGCACGGGCAUCCACGGGGGCCAGGUGCUCUACGCCGGGGAAGGCUUUGGCAUUCGCCUCAACGACAUGGACCUGGUCCCCCAUCCCAGGUCUGCCCUCGCACUUGAUCAAGGCCUCCAAGAGGAGCUACGCAGCUGGUUGCAGUUCACGAGUGAAGCCAAGUACUUGCACAUUGCGGAGAUGGGCGAUGUGCAGGCCCAGCUGAAUUCGGAUGAGCUGCCGUCAGCCUACCGGCAAGGCUUCCAUGCCCUCCACGACAAGCGCUUCUGGCUGGAAGGUUGCGCGCCGCAGUCGAGGCUGUCGCUCGUGGGCUCAGAUGCACCGGCCGACGAAGAGGCGGACAGAUGGACCCAGGGAUGGGCCGGGCUGCCGAUGAAGCUGCGCGGAUCGGGGGGCCAUGGCGUUGUGGCUGCCUACGAGUUGCUGGAGGAAGAGCGUGAGGCCGUGGUGCUUCGGUGGAUCGCAGGCCGCUCGGUGCCGAGCCAUCCCUUCGUCCUCCUUGCCGACCGCGUCAUGCACGCGCUUUCUCGGCACGGCCCCUGGGAAGAGGUGCCAGGUCGAGGCGGACACUUCGUGCAGCCAGCCUUGCGGGAAUGGCGGCCUUCCUCCACGAGCUCUCCUGGGUUCUUGAAGAGCACCUGGCGCUGGUGGCUGGAGGGUCGCAACUUGGGCAUCGUGAGGGAGGUCUUCGAGAUGGAGACUCGAGAGGCCUCCACCGUGGUCCUCAAGGAUCUGGGCUGCACCACUCGACUGCGGCUGAGCAGUGAGGCCCUUCACAUGCAGAGGGCCGAGGGGGAGGCGUGGAUUCUGGUGUCCCAGGGCAGCUGGGCAGGCCCGGCAUGCCAAAGAUGGGACAGUGCAGCCGGCCAGGAGUUCGAGGCACACUUUGAAACGCGUGCGGCUUGGAAUGGGCCAGGGAAGGAGUGGUGGGUCGAUGGCGCAGGCGACUUUUCGGAGUUGGCGCGCAUCCACCGCCAAGUCUGCCUAGAUGCUGAGUUGGGCGCGCUGGAGCUUGAGGACUCGCGCGGCCGAGUGACCAGGGUGAACCAGCGCAAUGCGAGCACGCUGGGCACCCAGCACCCGGGCAGCUGGGCGGUGCAGCCCCAUUCCAAGUGGUUGCAGGAGGCCAUCUCCGCUGAGGAGCAGGAGGCGCGUGAGCCAUUGCAGAAGCUUUACCUUCAGCUUGAGGCACAGGACCAGGAGUACUCUGAGGCGACACGGCGUGCCGUCGGCCUCAUCAUGAGCGCCAUGGACAAGCAGGCUGCCGAAGGCCUUGUGAAGAGGCUUGGCCGAGAGCUUGCGAGGUUUCAGGCGCGGCUUCCUGCCUAUGCACAUCGGAGCCACAUCCUUCGCGCCGUUGCGCGACACCAGGUCGUGAUCCUCAUCGGUGCCACUGGGAGCGGCAAGAGUACGCAGAUCCUGCCCCUUCUGGCGGACGGUGACCUCGUCCCCGAUGGUCUCAAGAUGGUCUGCACUCAGCCUCGGAAGGUGGCCGCUCAGUCGCUGGCCAACUUCGUGGCUUCUGAGUGGGGUUGCGCGGUGGGGGAAGAUGUGGGCUUCAUAGUGGGAGGUCAGAGGAAGAUCGGGCGUUCCACCCGUAUGGUCUACGCCACGGACAAGAGCCUUUUGAACCUCAUGGUCAAGGACGAGAUGCUGCUGGACUACGGCUGUGUUGUCGUCGAUGAGGCGCAUGAGCGGAGCAUCGACACGGACUUGCUCCUCGGGAAGCUCAAGGCGGUGUGCGCUGCACGGCCGGACUUCAGGCUCAUUGUGGCCUCGGCAACGAUCGAACCGGAGCUCUUCAUGCAGCACUUUGGCAUCACCCAGGAGGAUGCGGCGGUCCGCAUCCCAGGGCGCACCUUCCCGAUCUCGCAUGUGUACAUGGAACGCCCCGCAGAUCUUGCCAAGAGGGCCGUGCACCAUGCGGUUUGCAAGACGCAAGAACUGCUGGCGCAGCCGGGUGAGGGGGACAUCCUUGUCUUCCUGCCCACGCCCGACGAUGUCAUGGAGGCUGUGAAGGCCUUGCAGAAUGUCUCGCAAACGGAUGACUCGGUGCUGGUCCUGCCUUUGCAUGGUCGCCUGCAGCCUGAAGAUCAACAGCUCGUCUUUCAAAAGGCGCGCAAGGGACAGCGGAAGGUUGUCUUUUCGACGAAUGUUGCGGAGACCAGCGUCACCAUCGAUGGUGUGGUGUAUGUCAUUGACACUGGACUGGCGAAGACUGCAUCCUUCGACGCCGUUCGGAACAUGAACACCCUCACCGUGGGGUGGAUCACCCAGGCCUCCGUUCACCAGCGUGCCGGCCGAGCAGGGCGCACGAGACCAGGUGUUGCUUACCACCUCUACGACCAGGCAGAUGUUGCGGAGAUGCCGCAGUCCGCCGAGGCCGAGAUCCUCCGCACCGAGUUGCUGGGUGCCGUGCUGCAGCUGAAGGAGCUGGGCAUCCAAGACCCGGGCAACUUCGCCUGGGUGGAGCACCCAGGAGUCAGUCGGGUGGCCGCAGCCGAAGCCGGCUUGCGGCAGCUUGGAUUCCUGGACGCGGCCGGGGCCUUGACGCUCGAGGGGCGCAAGUGCCGAGCUUUGGGCAUCGACUGUCGGCUGGCGCGGAUGCUGCUCUCUGCUGCGCGCCUGGGCGUCCUGCACCUGGCGCUGCCAGCGGCUGGGGUGCUGAGUGCUCCUGGCACGCUCUUCUUCCGAGCCGAGGGCGCCAACGAGUUUCACAAGCAGGCCCUGUGCCACCCUGCCGGCGACAUUGUCACUGCAGUCCAGGCCUUUGCUGCUUGGCGCCGGGUCUCUGACGGAGAGACCAAGGACUGGUGCCUUCGCCACCUCCUCGUGCCAAAGGUACUGAAGGCAGCAUCAAGCUUCGUGUCAUCGGUGGAGGCGACUUUUCGCAAGAGCAACCUCUUCGCUGAGGAGCAGCGUGCACUCCAGUCCAGCAUCGGCGAUGUUAAGGUGCUGCAGUGGUACGACUCCACCGAUGUGGAGAUUUAUGUGGAGGAGCUCAACCGGAGUUUCGUGGAUGCCUACAGCGACAACCUCUGUGCCGCAAACGGCCCUGAGCGAGCCGGCCUCCUCCUCGCAAAGGACGUGUCUGGCCUCCAGGAGGAAGAGGAUGACGGGUUCGAUGGGCUCUCGCCAGAUGCCGUGGUGGACCCGUGCGCAGUGUGCUUCAACUCGCUGCAGGAUGGCGGGCGCCUUGAGCGUCUUGGUUGCGGCCACAGCUUCCACAGGGCUUGCAUCGUGCCCUGGAUGCUGAGAGCUGCAUCCUGCCCGCUUUGCCGGCACGUCGAUGGCUGCAUGCCUGGUGCAGGCGGAGCAGGCAGCAGCUCCAGCGACGAUCCCCCAUCGGACGGCGCUGGCAAGGAGGGCCAAGACGGUCGGGUUGCCAGCGCGGCGAGUGCAGUGUUCCUGCACCCCUCCUCAUCCGUUCAGCGUGGGGCCUCGCCGCAGGCUGCCGGCAGAUGGGUGGCCUACCAGACGCUCACUCGCACCAGCAGGGCCUUUGUGCGGAAUGUCGCCUUGGUGGAUCCGACGUGGCCGGAGGUCACGCAGGCGGUGGACGUGGCCACCGUCGAGCGCCAAGCCAGAAACCAUGUUCGGGUGAUCCGCCUGCCAGAGAGCCAGCGGAGUCUCAUCGGCCUCUUCGUGGGCCGCCGUGGGAGUGCCUUGCAAGCUUUCGAGGCGCAGAUGAACGCCACGAUCCUGGCGCAGGAUGGCAUUGUGGAGGUCUACGCCACCCCGGAGUCCGUGGACGCCGCCGCCUGGGCCGUGGAGGAGCGCUUCCGGCUCCUGGAGGAGGAGAAGGAGGAGCGGCGCCGGGCCUGGGAGAUUGAGCAGGCGCGCCGUCAGGCGGAAAGGGAGAGGAGGCACCAGGAGUACCUUAUCCGGCAGGCUGAGCGCGAGCGGAGGCACCAGGAGUACCUGGAGCGGCAGGCCGCAAGAGAAGAGCGACAUCAGGAGUACCUGGCCCGAAGAGCUGCGCGUGCCAACCGCUCGCGGGGGCGCCCGUACUGCGGGACCCCCAUGUAG